CCCCCUCAGCCCCUCUCCAGCCGCGGGCGGCGCGGAGCCCGCCUCUGCCCCAGCGCCCUCGCCAGCAGCCCGGGGAGCAGCCGCCGCGGCAGCCGGUUUAUCAACAUCUUGAAUAGUGGGUGCAAGAAUUGGACACCGUAUUCCAGUGGUGGUCGCACUGAAUACAGAGGCAAGGAGGACCUGAUCCUGCAAAGCGGUGAGCAUUCACAGCUCCAUUGAUUUCAGCAAGAGUUGCAGGGUUACAAUAUGCUCCAGUGUCUCAGGAGGCUGUCGUGUUGCUGAAGACCUGUCCUGCACAGGACUCCAGUGGAGAACUGCUUGGAACCAGGCCCCUCCAUGUUGGCACAGCAAUCCCUGCUCUUCUGUUGAGGCAUCCUGGAUGUCUCCCCUUUGUGUGCUGGAUUACUGGGCAGUAGUGCUAAAGGAUGGCUAUGUAGCUUCUUGACCACAAAGCCGACAGGUGGCGCCCUCCCCUCCCACCUCUUCCUCACCUAGGAUUUAUAGUCUCAGUCUCUCUCUCUCUCUCUCUCUCUCUCUCUCUCUCUCUUUUAAUUUCUACAGCAGGUUUUAAAAGAUUAAACAUUUUUCAAAAACAGCUCUCAAAAAUGACAAGCCUGUUCCGGCGGAGCAGCAGCAAUGGCAGCUCAAGGAACAGCUCUUCCACCCAGGAACUCAACAACAGCCGGCCCACCAGGCAGGUGCGACGGCUGGAGUUCAACCAGGCCAUGGAGGAUUUCAAGACUAUGUUCCCCAAUAUGGAUUAUGACAUUAUUGAAUGUGUUUUGAGGGCUAACAAUGGAGCUGUGGACGCCACCAUUGACCAGCUCUUACAGAUGAAUUUAGACGGCAGUGGUUAUGAUGACAGCUCGGACUCAGAUGACAGUAUUCCCCCAGAGAUUUUGGAGCGGACGCUUGAACCUGACAGUUCAGAUGAAGAGCCUCCUCCCGUCUACUCGCCCCCUGCCUAUGAUAUGCAUGUCUUUGACCGGCAGUAUCCACAAGCUCCACCAAGCCCCCCUCCCAGGAUUGAUGUACCCAAUUCCAGUGGCCCUCAGGUGCACAGACGGUACAGGAACUGGAAUCCACCAUUAUUAGGCAACCUUCCUGAUGAUUUCCUUCGCAUCCUACCCCAGCAGAUGGACAGUGUGCAGAGUUCACAAAGUUGCCAUCAGACUGUGCUGGGCGAGGGCAGCCAGAGAUCCCAGGGCUCGUUGGACCAAGAGAGGAAGUGGAAACAGUACCUGGAAGAUGAGCGAAUUGCGCUCUUCUUACAAAAUGAAGAGUUCAUGAAGGAGCUCCAGAGGAACCGGGAUUUUCUCCUGGCCCUUGAGAGAGAUCGACUGAAGUAUGAGUCAAAAAAAUCCAAGUCGACCAGUGUUGCUGUCAGUAAUGAAUUCAGCUUUUCUUCUGUACAACCAGGUGACGUAGCCCCUGUAACCAGCGAGGCCAGCAGUGCUGUGUCUGAAGAUGCCUUAUUCAGGGACAAAUUGAAACACAUGGGAAAAUCUACACGUAAGAAGCUGUUUGAACUUGCCAGGGCUUUCUCAGAGAAGACCAAGAUGAAGAAGUCAAAAAGAAAACACUUACUGAAGCACCAGGUCAUGGGGACAGCGGCUUCCACAGCUAAUCUUCUCGAUGACGUUGAAGGACACUCGUGUGAUGAGGAUUUCCAAGCAAGAAGGCAGCAGCUACACGAGGAAGAAGAGAGGCCGAAAGAAGGACAAUAAAUGAUCCCAGAUCCAUUGCCUGAACUGGGCUUUAUUUGUUAAAGUCUUAAUAAGAAGAUGGCUGCAAAGAAAAAACAAUUUCCUUGGCUUCCCCCACUAUCAUCCUUUUCUGAAGUACAAGUAUUAAAGUGAGGCACAAUUUUUUCUUCCCAGCGGGUUUGAAAACACCUCUUUCCUAUCCAGCAAAUCCAGCCAAAAAUCAGCAGCUGAUCUGAAUUUUUCUCAGUCACUGCAGUGAAGAUAAUGGAUUUCAAGCUUGUGGGAAUAAUGGCCAAUCCCUCACCCUCUUUGAUAUAAACAUGGUUUGGAUAUGAAUUAAAAACAAUAACAACAAUAAUACAUUGAAAAGCGGGGCUCUGGCUUGCGCAUUUUUAAACGUAUCACUGUAGCAAUGUGAUGUAACUUUACGCACAUAAAAAAAGACCUGAAAAAUGUUGUUUAUUGUUACUAAGAGAUAAUAAGCCAGGAUCCAGAUCAGGUAAUAGGCAGGAUAAUAUAAAUCGUCUUUUGAAAAAGAAAAGGCCUUCUCCUGGGCAUCUCACAUUGAAUUAAACCUUUGCCUCAGGCAUGAAUAAAAUUUCCUUGAACUAGACACCAAGCUGGGUCCAGUUUCUCCUCCAGUGUACCACUUCCUCUAGCUUUGUGCUGCUGCUCUUGUGAUAUUACGGUACCUUUACAGAGUAGGAAUGGGGGGUGGGGGAAGGCUGAAUUUCAAAGCUGUGUAGUUCUCACUGCUGAUCUCUGAAUUAGAACAUAUCCCACGGGUUCUCAUUUGGAUUGUUCAUGACAGUUGGCUGCUCCCUAUGUAGCAGGCAAUGAGUUUUGGCUGUCUAGAAACACUUACCAGAUUAGAUGGGAGGGGAUUGUAGCUGGGGCCUUAUUUGAUUCACCUCUGAGUUUGUACAUCAUAGGCUAAAUCCUGCUUAAUGUGAGUCUCACAGCUGACUUCAGUGGGAUCAGAAUUUGGCCUCAAGUUGAGACAUGAGUGGGUUUUCUUUAGCUGAGCCCAUAUGGUCUUGGGAGUUCUGGGCACAGACCUGAGAGCAGUUCUCAUAACAUGAAAUGAAGAGGAGAUUGGUUCAGAGCUUGCCAGUCAAUGAGAGGAUGACAUCCCUCCUCCGGGCGAGAGCUUGGAAUCUGGUGGAACAUUGUGGGGAUUAAAAGUAAUGCUCAAAUCAUUGGAAUCGAAAUGGACACUGUCAGGCUAAAAAAAAAUAGUUAAAAAAAAAUUCCUUCCCUGUGCUACAAACAGCAGUGUCAAUUACUGAAAUAACUCCCCCCAAGCAAGUUUUCUUUUCUACAUCAAUACUGUCUAUUUACUUCUAAGCUUGGGCAGUGAGAAUAGACUAGUCCGUCUCACUUUCUGGGUCCCAUGCAGUAGCACAAGUGCUGCAACGUUUGGGUGCAAAAGCAGCAGGAAGACACACCGAUCCAAGCAAUCAGUCCAACAUUUUUCAUUGCCUUUCUAUUAGGCUUUGUAACAAAAGCCCACAUUGCAGGCUUAAACUCCCUGACAGGCUCCUUUCAAAAUCUGCUGGAGAAUCUGUAUGCCUUUGAAGCAUGUGCCAAGACAGAUUCUUUUUAAAAGUUGCUGAGCAUGAGGCUCUUGUUCCAUGCACCUGGCAUUCAAUCAAACUACUCAAUGGAAACACGAAGGCAGUGGUGGGUUUCCUCGUCUGGGCCUGAGUAAUUUGAUACACUGUUCAGAACUAGUAGGGAUGAGCAAAAGUGGAUUCAGGCACACACAGCGCUUCCUUUCAGUGCAGGACUUUGAGUCUGUGUGGCACGGAGUUUCAAGAGGUUCCUGAUGAAAGGGUCCAUGUGUCUAUUGCUGAAGUGUCACAUUCUCCUGACAGAACGUGAUUUGGAUAUUACACUAACUCCUCAACUGUCGCAUAUAGUGCCCAUGACCUCCCAGUCAGAACAUGAGCUGCUACAAAUCCCAAACAGUGCAGUGGGCAAGUGCAUGGAGGCUUGAAUCAGGAUGUGGACAGCAGCUAUGCCCUGGGAUCUCAGCAACUUUUGAGGUUCUCAAAGACUAAAGAUCCUCUAAAGAUUCAAAUUCCCCCCACGCUGAGCUUGUUUUUGGUGUCUGUUCCUUUCGAAAAAUAAAUAAAAGGGAGAGGAGCAUCAAUGAGUCUUUUGGUAAAACCUCCUGAGUGGAGGAGAAAUUUGCCUGCGUCAGGGACUAGAAUAGUUUCAAGUGAGGUCAUCCGUGCUCAGACAAGAAUUCAGUGGCUUGGAAGCUUCUGCAGCACGCAGUAUAUGAGGUUCCUGGAAUAUGCUUUUGAGGCUGUUCAGAGAAAGGAAGCGACUAAGGGCCUAAUUUUGGGAGCUGCCAGGCACCCACUAGCCCCUUUGAAAUCAGUGGGUGCUACAUUGCUCAGCACCACUCAGGGUAAGGCCCCAAGUACGUGUGUCCAUACAUACGUAUUGGUUGCUAAGGGUGAAGCUGGAGCACUACCACUGGAAACAGACGGGCUUUUGGAGGAGGAGGAGGGACUUUUAUCCCCAGCCUUAGAAUUGGAAGGUCUGUUUCUCCCCCACCCCCUUUUUCCUAUCCUUAAUUGGCUCCUACUUUAAUAAGUGCUUGGCUGUUUCUCCCUCUCCUAAAGCAGCUCUGCAUGUUUGGAAGAAAAUCAAGCUUGGAAUCAGAUCAGCUUGUAAAAGUUCCAACUUCUCUUGGCUACUGAGGGCUUAACUUUGAGCUAAGUUUCCAUGAAUGCAAAAAGGCAUCAACGGCCGAACAAACAGAAGCUCAGACUCUUGCUGGUAGGAAACUGUGCUGCCUGUCCCAGCAGAAACGCAUUUUUAUAAGACAGUCUGGUCUCAAGGAAGUGCUUUGUGGAUUGGGGGGAAUGGGAAGGGAAAAAUACAAAUGCACCUGUCCCUCAGGACACACGUGUUGUAUGUUAGCAGCUGCCCCGCUGCUAAAUUAGUGCUAGGUUUAUUGAAAUCUUUUACUCCUUGGUCUCUAUCUAGAAAUCAGGUUGUGUUAUAACACAACCUUAUGGAGUCAUGUUAACUAACAAUGUGUUAACAGUCACUAUAGACAAGGACAAGGUGUGCUUAACAUUUCAUCAUCUUGUCAUGGGUAAAUCCGACUAGAACCAUAGGGUUAACCACGGCCAGCUGUCACAGUGCUUAGCACAACUUCUCCCUCUCUAUGCUGACUUCUAAGACAUUGUGUUAGUUAACAUAGCUCCCCAAGGUCAUCUUCUUAAUACAAUCUCAGGCUAUAUCUACACUUAAAAGCCUGCAGCGACACAGCUGCGGCACAGCUGGAGACUAGUCCAGAGGCGACUUAUUGCCUCAUUGUUCUAUUAGGGCCGAUCUGGAGAUCAUAGAAUCAUAGAAUAUCAGGAUUGGAAGGGACCUCAGGAGGUCAUCUAGUCCAACCCCCUGCUCAAAGCAGGACCAAUCCCCAACUAAAUCAUCCCAGCCAGGGCUUUGUCAAGCCUGACCUUAAAAACUUCUAAGGAAGGAGAUUCCACCACCUCCCUAGGUAACGCAUUCCAGUGUUUCACCACCCUCUUAGUGAAAAAGUUUUUCCUAAUAUCCAACCGAAACCUCCCCCACUGCAACUUGAGACCAUUACUCCUUAUUCUGUCAUCAGCUACCACUGAGAACAGUCUAGAUCCAUCCUCUUUGGAACCCCCUUUCAGGUAGUUGAAAGCAGCUAUCAAAUCCCCCCUCAUUCUUCUCUUCCGCAGACUAAACAAUCCCAGUUCCCUCAGUCUCUCUGUACUGAACACAUCUGUGAGGUGCUGAGUACUCUCUACUGCAGUGGUUUGCAACCUGUGGUCGGGUCUGCAGACUGUGUCUAAGGGGUCCACAAAAGACUUAGACUGAAAACUGAGCAGAAUUCAACUAUAUAUACAGAAAGUAGAUUUCCAAAAGGGUCUGCACCUCCAUUCGAAAUUGUUUAGGGUUCUGUAAAUGAAAAAAGGUUGAGAACCACUGCUCUACUCUCUUCAAAGUCAGUUGGAGUUUUGAGUGCUCAGAACCUCCCAGGACAGAGCCCAUACUGAGAUGUGACUCUCCACUGACCCACAUUGUAGGCAUAUAAAAAGCCAGGCAGAGUAAAGCGUAUUUGGUGGUUUUUAGAAACUUAGCAUUGCAGUGAAUGGGAGGAGAAUAAUAUUGUUACAUGACUUCCUUGAUCUGCGUUUGAUACGCUGCGGGGUUCACAUCUUUCUGGCUUUGUUGAGACGAGGAUCUAAAGGUGUGGUGUUAGCAUGUGGUAGCUAACAAGUGCUAGCUACUAAAUGUCUAGUGUAGACAAGGCAGUGUAUAUGUUAACAUGCAUAGUUUAGCAUGUGUUAACAGAAAACGCUGCCUUGUCUAUGCAGGACUUUUAGGACAUGCUAGCUAAUGUGUUCUAACAAUGCACUUUUAGAUCCUAGUCAUGACACAGUCUUUCUGAACGAUGUAACCUUGUAACCAUUUCCAAAUGUCCCGGGAGCACCAAAUACCAUUGUAAUGGAGGAGGAAGGGUGUUUUUUUUUCCUUUUUAAAAAUUCAGGUCUAACAAGCGGAAAGGCCACAAAGACAGGCUUGAAAGCCAAAAUGCAUUUCUUCUAUAAAAAUGUACAAUAUUCAGUGACAUUUGUAUCGCUUCUAUACGAAAUGGUUUAAAAACCAAAAAAGAUUUCUGUGAUGUUUGUGAGUGUUGCUAUUUUAGAACUUAUUUCUAUAAGUAUUUUUUUCUUAAAGAUGUUUAAUAGUAAUUCAUAUAAUAAAGUCACGUCGUACACUUAA